CGGCCGGUGGCGGUGCCCCACCACAGGGGUAAUGUCGUAUCGAUCGAUCGAGAUAUGGCGAGAAUAUUUCGACGCCCCAACUGCCAAGUCUUACGCCAAAUCCAUUCGUGGCGACCGGCGAGACAUACGCUAAGCAACAACAACGUCGCCGGCCGCAUGCCCUGAGAAGCACCUGAGCUGUCCAGCAGUAUUUGUCCACGAUCGAGAGCGUCCAUAUAUGCAACUUAUUCGAUUCCGCAGAAUCUUUCUCGAUCGUCGCCAUCGCUCGCCGGCCGGUCGGUCGAUCGAUCAGGUCCGCGGCAGCCACCGGCAGCAGCAACACCACCUCAAGAACGUCGGUACGCACAGGCAGAGGCAGAGGGACCGGCCGGCCAUGUAGGAGCAGCACCACGACGGCGGCGGCGACUGGCGGUGGUGGAAGAGUUGUUGUGGGGAUCGACGAUGGCGGUGCACGUGCUGCUCCUCGCCGGGCCUGCGGUCGUCGGCGGGUUCCUGCACGCGUUCAAGUUCUCCAUCCUGCUGUGGCCGUUCAACCUCACGCUGCCGCUGCUGCGCCACCUGCCGCGGGUCUGCGCCACGCUCCGGGCGGCCGCGGCGCAGUUCGACGCCGAGCUGCGCGCGUUGCUGAGUGGCCGACGGCAGAGGGCGCCGGUGCCGCAGCUGGACCACCAGUACUCUGCCCUCCGCCCCGUGCAGAGACGGCCGGCGGGACAGCUCGUCGCGCAGGCCAUGCUGGCCCUCGUCGACGUCUCAUACUGAUUCAUGCCUCAUGUUGGUUGCAUUCUUGAGUUGACAGGCCUCCGCGCUCUGGUCUGGCGGAGCUCCUCUUCCAUAGGCUAGGCUAGUGGCUCGCCAGUUUCAUUCGAGCUUGCUUGCGCAUAGGCACAUAGCUGUUCCAAAAAAAAAAUUGUACCCUUCUAUUCGUCAGCUGCGGCGUUUGACUCCUCCGAUCCUGCAUUGUGAUUUGUGAAUUUUGUACUCUUUUGUGAAAUAUGAACUGCAAGGAAUUUGGAU